GCCUGGCUCUUCGCUUCAUUCUGAUCCACCGGCUGCAAAAGAACUCCAUGAGCUGCCAGCCGCCGGCCGAGCAGCCGAGCUGCGUGCACGCUCGGGAUGAGCCGAGUUGGGUCGAGGUCCAAGCUCCGUCAGCCUCGUGAUGCGCCCGAAAGGAGCCAAGCUCCUGGGUUGUUGGCCAGUCGUUGGAGUCGAGUCGUUGCAACACACGCUUUGGAACGGAGUCGUUGGGUUUCGUGGGAACAGGUAUGUGGGUGGCUUUAUGUGGCUUUUGCUGGUGCAAAGAGCUCGAACUUCAAACCAUUUUGCUACAUCUAUCAUCUAUCAUUUGAAUGGUUUUCUAUAUUUAUAGGGAACUGAUCCGGUUCCAUCAGCUGCCAGAUUCCUUGAACAAUUAGCCUGGAUCGAGCGAAGAGCGCCUGACACUAGUCCGAAAUUGGACCUACCAAGUCAUGACUGCCAUUGCAUGGACGUGCGUGGACAUCAACUAUCGAUCCUGUAAACUGCACCUAUACGUCCAUUCAGCACGGUCCAAGGCAUGCCCAGGCCUUAGCUCGGAAAGGCACACUUGAGUUACGGCUCCCUUACCUUACUUGAGUCCAAGAACAAUCCAACGAGCUUGGCUUGUGAGUUAAUGCUUCCAGAUCAUAGCGAUUUUCACUCCAUGGGAGUCUGCAGAGACAAAGUCCCUGGCCGCAGCGAUCGGGCUCAGAGAUCGUGCUGGUCGGUCGGUGCAGGGACUUGAGGAGAAACAUGUCGUUCUUUCCGUGCUUGAAGGUGAAGAAUGAGAAGUGGUGGCUCUUCUCCUGGGUUGUGGUCACGGCAUUGUAUGCCUUACCAACCCUGUUCUACGCGAGGAGGAUCUAUGAAGUGUGGCACGCUGAUGCUCCCCUGUUGCAGACCUCGCAGAGCGACGACUGGGGUCGCGUCCCGGAGCUCUGGUUCUGCAGCGUGGAGCCUUUGAACAUUGAGACCUGCGUGCUCCAAUCCUUCCGGACGGUGGAUGGAUCCGAACUGAAUGGUUCGAAGGGUGAGAGCCUUUGCCAGAUCAUUUCACCUCCAAAAAAGCAUGAACAACAAAAGAUCCAACUAGGCACAGGAAAGGGAUUCGGGGAUAAGCUUGAUGAGCCCAAAGGGCAAUUUGAGAUAUUGCCUCCUCAGUUCAAAGAUCAGUUCGAAGACUCCUACUGUCAAGCCAUCAAUGCUACAGCCUUGAAGCCAAGCUCACCAUCCCGUCUGUUUCUUGGGGGAGACGCCAGCAAGAGCUUUGGCCUUUACUAUGUGAUGCGUGACCAUUGCGCAGACACUUGCCACCAUCCCAUCUUUCUCACGCGCGCUUUCCCAGGCAUCGCAGAGCUUUUGCUCACAAAAGUACGAAAGGGGUCGAUGCAGAUGUCAGCGGAUCCCUAUGCGCCUGGCCGAUCUUUCAUCUCUUCAUUUAACGCAUUCGUUUCUCCCGAGCUUUAUGACGCCUUCAGCACUCAGCUGCUGUUUGUCAAUAGCAGGGUCAUUCCCACGCAGGAUGGUGAGAUGUAUUGGAGCCAAGUCUUUCCGAAGGUGCCAACGCCCUCGGCAUGGGAGCUGAUUGUUCGGCUUGAUCCGCAUGUGAGGGAGGAAGUUGAGGUCGGACGGCUGGCGCACUGCAUCAUUUUCCUCGCACGGCUGGGUGGGUAUUUGUCAAUCGUGAGCGGAUUGCUGGCCUUCUGCUGGGUGCAACGCUACAAGGUAGACAAGCAAACUCAUCUUGCUCAGACUUUGGAGGAACUCUUGAACGAGGAGACCUUUGUGCUUGACACCUUGUCUCCGCAGCACAAUGACCACUUCGAACCCCUCACGGGGGACCUCGUCAGCAUCAAUUUGAAGAAGAAAUUGGAAGGACGUAAAACGCCCUCCUUGAGGUCCUUCAAAUUGACAGGGGCCGAAGCAGAGUCAGAUCUGGAGAGUUCAUCCAUUGAGCCCGAUUCAGCUUGGUGUCACUGUGUCCAGAGCGUCCGUGGUGCCCGCAGCCAAUGAGAUGGCUGGCGGUGUGUCAAGAGAUUUUGGAUCUUGCCAUUUGAAACCCAGAAUUCAGUUGCAUGUUUCCAGCGCUUUAGUUUCCCUGCUUAGAGAAUUGUCCAAAGUGCAAUGUCUUCGCACUGUGAAACGCCGGUUUUGGAUAGGCGUCCGUUGAAAGGGACCUUUGGACAAUCGCUUUCACAGCAUAGACAGCAGCUUGUUUGGUCUGCUCAUGAUGCUUAGAUUUCUGCAAGGCAUGCGGAACUUGUCUGUGCGGCGAGUGAAUGGCAGCGGAGGUCAGGUGUUCCAGGCCAUUCUUGUGGCAGAGUCCGAAGGACUUUGUAGAUUUGGAGCAGGAGUCCCUGUAUUCCCACUUUGGUGUGGG